AUGCGCGCCUUCGUUGCUACUGCUCUCAUAUCCGCCGGCAUUAUCGCUGCUUAUGAUCUGCCUGAUAACCUAAAGCAGAUCUACGACAACCACAAGUCGGGAAAAUGUGACAACAAACUCGCGGGAGGUUUCUCUGAUGGCAUCAACGGCGCACACACAUUCGGAUACUGCGGCGACAUCGAUGGAGUCAUCUAUCCGCAUAGCUCGGCCAAUGGAGGAGAAUAUGACAACAUGGACGUGGACUGUGAUGGCUUAAACGACAAAGAUGGUGACUGCGGAGCCGAUGAAACCGGACAAGGAGAGACAGCAUUCAAAGUCCAGCUGAGCCAGUAUGGCAUCGAAGAUCUGGAUGCCAAUCUCCAUCCCUAUGUCGUCUUUGGAAACACCAACUUUGACCCUCAGCAAUAUGGAAUGGAACCACUCAGCGUCAUGGCUGUCGUCUGUAACAAUCAAGUGGGUGACACCAACGGCGAGGACUCCACUGGAGAAGCAUCUAUAUCGCUCGCUCAGAUGUGCUUCCCCGACGACGAUACCAACGGCAACAACGGACAUGGCCAGGAAGAUGUGUUGUACCUUGGAUUUACCGGUAAGGAUGCCGUUCCCGGUAACGAUGCAAACUGGCAAGCUGGGGACCGAAACGCAUUCGAGGACAGCAUCAAAGUCCUGGGUGACAAGCUGGUGGCCGGUCUCAAGGCAUAA